UCUGUGUUCUUUUUUUUCUUCUUUUUUUGGGUUUGGUUUUUUUUUCCCUGUCUCCCCUUCAUCCCAACCUCCUGUCCCUUCUCCCCCGCCCCCCAGCCUCGCAGACAGGAAGCGGAGCAGGAAACGUGCUGGUCUCAGUCGGUGGAUCGAACUUCUCUCCAGGCACAAUCCUUUGUCUCUUGUGUCUCUCUCUUAUCCUCUGGCCGCGGCUUGUUUUGCCUCGCCUCUCCUUCGAACCUCGAUCCCGACCGUGUUUCGUUUGCAUUGUGCAUGGCAUCGUGCUCGUGGCAACUUAUUCGCGCACAUUUAUCCGCCGCUGAAACACCUUCCGCUGCAACAGUGCGACGCCUUCCCGUCGUCCCGUCGUUUCCCUUGUCCGCCGCAAUCCAAUUGCCAUUCCCUUAAACUUGCCGUGGGCCGAUCAACGCGCUGCGCGACUUUGCUCCAACGAGGUACAGGACGAAUACACGCACACACACACAGUCGGGUUGUUUUCUCCUGGACGCGCCACGAGCACAAGACAUUCGCUUUUCAUCCACGCACGACGCUUCUAGACCACCAAGAUGGCUCCAGGCUUCAUCGAGCGCAUCCAGGCCAAGAUCGAGCUCUUCCGGCUCGAGCAGCGGUACACCAAGCGACGCAACCGCCGCUCCACCUUCGUCUCCAACGCCGUCUACGUCGACGGCGAGUACGUCUACAACACCCCCACCUCGACGGGAAGCUCGACCAACUCGGCCGGCUCGCAGUCCCAGGCCUCGCCCAGGCCCCAGAGCCCCCCGCGGAGGGCCGCCACGGCCGCCUUCACCACCGACAACAUCCCAGAGGCGCCCACCAUGAAGCCCGGCAAGAAGCUCAACCGCUUCUCAUCGAUGCCCGGGUUCGGGUCGCUCUCCAAGGCGUCGGGUCGCCAGACUGUUGAGCAGUGGAGGACAGGCAACGUCAGCGUCUCCGAGGUGCGAUGAGCGGGCUCCCUCGUCUCCGUUGAGCCGUUCGUCUGGCGAGCCAGACUUCGGCGCCGAACGAAACGCAAACGACGCGCCGCGGGCGCUCGGGCGGCGACUGCACGUCCACUGUAGUUUGACAAGGCGUGUGGGGGCCCGGCCCGGCCUUUCCUGCCUACCAUGAAAAUACGACAGAUCACUAGGCACUAGCAACGCUUAACUCUAUUACCAGACCGUCGCACGGCUGGCCAACAGCAUUCAUUACUCACGACACACUCUUUUUAGAACAUUUCUUUCUGUUUCUUUUUCUCUUCUCUUGUCUGUUUAUCAGUCGUCUCGAGGGAUGGAUCCGAUUGCCCAUAUUCAGUCGGCCCCUCCCGCCUAGCAUAGCAUGUUACCUUACCAGUUCUGCUAGGGGUGUUGGCGGAUAGGGGAAAAGGGGGAGGGAUGGGCAAGAGAGCGCCACAUGGCCUGGCCUCUCUUAGCUACGUAUAGAGACUACUGUUUUUUGCGGUCCUUUUUUUUUUUUUUUUUUUGGAGCACCUUUGUAAUUUCUUCUCCUGUCCUUUGCUUUGUUUUGUUCUCGCCAAAAAUUUGAUCGCUCCCGGCGUUUUUGUGGGAAAGCCGCAGUUCUCCUAGAUAGACUUGGCUCGGGUUUGUUCAGUGUAUAUACCGAGGCUUUUUGUACCUGGUCUGGUGGUGGCACCCACCAUGCAUCUAUCGAUCCCUUCUUGUCCACUCCCAUGGGUGCGUCAGCCUGACCAAUUGCUUCCAUCCGCUCCCUGCCUCCAUGCGGCCUAUGAUGGGGGUAUAAACAAUCGGGCACAUUUGCCUUGCUGCCUAACCGUGA